UAAUGGCAACAGAUUCAGACAGUAUUCCAAAUUCCCAACUUACCUAUGCUAUUGUAGCAGGAGAUCGACAGAAUCAAUUUGAAAUAGACCAUUUGAAAGGCUACAUAAGUGUUUCAUCUAGUUUAGAUAGAGAAAAGAUAUCAGCCUAUGUUUUAGAAGUUGAAUGCACAGACAGUGGCACUCCUUCACUUUCUGCUGUCGGUUUGGUAAACAUAGAAGUUUCAGAUGUCAACGAUAAUCCUCCAAAUUUCUCUCAAGCAAAUUAUACUGCUUUAGUUCAGAUAAUGGAAAAUCGCUGUACUAGUGAUAAGUGUGUUUAUGGGCAGUGCAUAGACCACAUUGUGUUAGACAGAACCUCUGCUUACAGUGUAACUACAGAUGUAUUAAGUUAUGUUUCUCCACACCAUUACAGGAAGUUGGAAUGCCAGUGUGAUCCAGGAUACGGAGGUAAAUACAACAAAAUUCUUUUAAUUUAUGGUUAUGUUUUGCAAAUUAUUUUGCAAGAUGCCAGAUAGAUUAUAGAAAUCAAACUCUUUCUUACUUUUACAUUUUAGUCAUCAUUGUCUUUGUUUGUUUUUCCAUUACCUUUGAAUUCUUUCUGUAUUUUUACCAGUUUGUCUAUAUAUAGUAGACCCCCUAUAACAGGGGUGGCCAACAGUUUUUGCCCCCGGGCCGAAUUGGAAAGAAAU